GUGACAACAGAAGCGCAGUUUUAAGCGGAAGGAAGAACAAGAACGAGCUAACACGGCCGACAAGACACAUCGCUAUCCGACAUUCGAAGGUGAUCGAGAACGGUAGUAGGAUUGUAUUUGUUCCGACAGAUCUUCAGCGAGCUGAUGGUCUAACGAAGACGUCAAACGCAGGAGCUUUAGACAUAAUUUUCCGCAGAAGAAAACAAAAGAGAUGGGCUUAUUUUGCGAGGAGCAUCUAGAUUUCGUGAAUUAUUACGUCGAGCUCCUCCUGUAGCACCCUGAAAAGUAAAAGUAUAGAACUUCACGCUUCAAGUUAAAUACCACGAAAGUAAGCCAUUACAAAAAAAAAAAAAGCUCUAUCUUGCAUAAGCGUUAACUCUCAUACAGUUGCAAGUUUCUAAAAUUUGCAUUCGUACCAAAACCGUAGCCGUAUUAAGUAAGACAAAAAAAAGUUGUUGUGUAGUGGUAGCGUAAUUGUUUACUUGUUUGGGAUAGCCUUGGUAUCUUGUUUCUUGUGGUGUUUCUCAUUCGCUCCGACGUAACGAAGGGGGGAAUGUUGGAACAACAUAAGAUCAGCGUGCCAAUCUAUCAAAUUGCAUCUUAAGAUCAUCUCAAUCAUGUCGUAGAUCAACUGCAUCCAGGAUCAUCAUCCUUCUUCACGCUAUGAAUCAACUGAUUAGAUCAAUCAAGCCAACCAGAUCAACAACCGCAAACAUUAGGGUGAAGGACCACGGUCCGAGGGACCAACCAAGAAGAAGAUCACGGUGUUGAUCUUCAGGCCAAGAGCCAUCAGAUACUUAAGGAGAUUCAGCUCUUUCAUGUGCAUCAUGUUUCUUUACCUAACACCACAGUGCUAGGUAGUUUGCGUGAUACUUGACAA